CGUAAUUUGGUAUGAACCAAUUAUUUUUUCUGCCGCUUUGUUAUUGCAAUUAGUAUUAUUAUUAUUAUUCCGAUUAUUAUUGUUCAACGCGAUAUUCGCGUUUUAUCGUUUUACCGUCGUUCUUGUUUUGUGUCGUCGUCGCCAUUGUCAAAUGAAUAUUGGAAGUUGUAAUAAUUAUUUGACUAUCUAUUAUACCGAUGAUGCUCAUGAUGACUUAACAUUGACGACGUCAACGCGGAUUUAUUAACUUUUUUCUUUUUUUUUUUUAUUAUGUUUUUCAAGCUUCAAUGUGAUUCAAAUUGAAUUUAAAUUUUUAAUCUUUUAACUUAAAUUUCAUCUACUCUUUCACAUUUAAUUCUCUUAUUCAGUCGGCAGAAUUGGUUUUUUUCAUAUGUUUAAUUUUUUUUUUAUCUCAGUCAUUUCAGAACCACCAUUUUCGUUUUAAUUUAAUGUUUGUUUUGUAUUUGUCAAUUUCUAUUUUAUUGUUUCAAAAAGAGAAAAAUAAUUUUAAAGAAAACACGUUGAAAGUAGCUUCUGCCAUAUUAUUUGCUGCUUCACAAUCGACAGAUAUCCACUACUACUUCUACUAUUAAGAUUUCAGCUUCUACUACUACUACAACAACAACGCUCGAGGAGCCUGUGAAAAAGCAAACAUUGAGAAAAUUUAGAGUAAAUAUUAUUUGGUCAUACAUUUAUGCCAAAAUAGGCAUUAAGUCAUUGUCAUUUACUACCUAAGGAUACAAAUACAACACAUUAAGACGGCUUAGAUAUUAAAUUUAAAGAAAAAUAAGGCAAAAUCAUGAGUGUUAUAAUUAGAUUACAAAAUCUACCAUGGUCAGCCAAUGCCGCAGACAUAAGGCAAUAUUUCCAAGGGCUGUCAAUACCCGAGGGUGGAGUUCAUAUCGUCGGCGGGGAAAAAGGCGAUGCUUUCAUAUCUUUUAGUACUGAUGAGGAUGCUAGACAGGCUAUGCUUUCUGACGGUGGUUGUAUUAAGGAUGUACAAAUCAAACUGUUAUUGAGCUCACGAAAUGAGAUGCAAAAAGUAAUUGAAACCGCGCGACAGCAGACAAUGCAAAUCACGCAGGUCUACAUGCACCAAAUGCAGCAGCCGCAACUUCCCCUAAUUGGAUCGUUGCCACCACUAACUGCUAAGGUCUUACCUCAACCUCAGCAACAAACUAGGCCAAACCAAUUGGUCACCAUGUUGCCAAGACAUCAUCCUAUUAUGGACCCGACAGCGGUGCUUAUGUCCCAGGAUAAGCAACAACAGCUCCAACAACAGUCGCAGCAACAUAUGUCUCCAAAAGCAACGGAAAUUAAAGAUCGUGAUGACAAAGGUGGUUAUAAACGUGAACGAGUUCGAUCAAAAUCUCGGGAGCAUAGGUCGAGGUCGUCCCGCAGUGGCGGGAGCAAUAGACGGGAUAGGUCGAGAUCUAGAGAUCGGCGUCGUAGAGAUAGGAGUCGUGGAAGAGAUCGGUCCAGAGACAGAUAUCGUAACGGUGGCGGAAACAGAAACUCUUCUAGUCGAGGAAGUGGUGGAAAACCACACACGUCCAGAUCACCGGUUGGAAAAACGAUGGAUGUUAAUAAGGGCAUCCCUGAUCAACAACCUCCGAACAGCAGAACUUGGAACGGUCAAUAUGAGAAUAUGCAGCCGCAAGCGAUGACCGAAAAUCAUCAGCCGCCGUUGAUGAACGUUGGACCCCCCGGCAACGUUGGUUUUAAUCACUUCAGAACACCUCCUCAGCCACCGAUCGUUCCCGGUUUGGUCACGAAUUCUUAUCAACAGCAUCCGCAACAAAUGGCGAACAGCGAAUGGGGUGACGAUGAACGUUUGCCGCUUCAGCAGCAGCCGUACAUUCCGAACAACGAUUUCCAAGGAGAAACCUACGGUGGUGGCAGUGACGACGAAGACGACCGGCAAGCCGAGUUCGACAACAAUUACCAUCGGAGAUUCAACGACAACAACCCGACCAUGAGGAGAGGACGACCCGGACAAGAUUUUCACGAUCAACAGGGAUUCGGCACGAACAGAAAUCCGAGAUUUCACAAACCACAACAGUCCAUGGCCGGUGGGGGGCAGCAAAACCGUGGCGGUCACCGGCAAUUCGAUUCUUUCGGAGGCGGUGGCGGGCCGAGGUUCAACCAUCAUCAGCAGCAUCCUAGGUACGGCGGUGGACUGGACGGUAACGGCCGCGGUGGCGGCAGACCGUCCCGGUUUAGCUCGAUCCAAGACGGCAGCGGGGGGAAACCGUCGAGGUUCAACGCGAUGCAGCAACAACGUGGUAAAGACGACGAUGGCGGUGACGAUGGGUCGGACUUUAACGAUCCGAAGAGAGGUGCAGCGCCGGCCCGGUUCAACGACCGGUACAGGUACGACGUGCGCAACUCUCAGACGCCGCGGGCUGAAGGUCUGUGCGUCGAAGUGAACAACAUGACCAAUCAUUUCUCGUACGGCGACGUGCGCAAAGUGUUCGAGGGCAUACACAUCGACGGGUCGGCGAUCAAGAUCCAAAAGCAUCGCCAGGGCGUGGCGUUUGUGCGGUUCGACAACAACCACAACAAGAACCUGGCAUUGCGGAUGAACGGGAACGCGUACAAAGGCAACAACGUGGUGGUCAAGCAUUUGGACGACGAGGCGUACGAGCGGGAGAACACGGACGACCGACCGUACCCCACUACGGUGGCAGCGACUGUGGCGCCGGCAACGACUACAGCAGCGGUAGCGACGGCCUCACCGAACGUUGUGGAUCUGGUAGACCUGGUGGAUGACGAGGAAGAUAACGACGGCGGGAAGCCGUCAGGUGCGAAGCGUAAGAAGAACGACGUGCGCAGCGACGAGGACUGCAACAAUCUAGUGGUGUGUGACAAGAACCCGUCAGCGUCCGAAGGUGGUGGCAACGGCGGUGAAGGUGAAGUACAACAGUCACAGCAGCAACAGCCGCAGCAGCAGCAACAGCAACAGCAACAGGAAGUGCCGACCAAGUAUCUGAAACUGAAGCAGCUGCCAAUCACGGUGACGGAGGAGGACGUGCUGAACGAGAUGGAAGGCGGUGGCGAGGUGCGACGUGUAACUUUUUACCCGGACGGCGAGUUCAUGGGUGCCGCCCUGGAGUUCCGCAGCGUUGACGAGGCCGAGGCUACGUUAAAAAGGUUCGACUGCGUGCUUCUGGGCUCCACCCCUGUGCCCGUGCUGCGGUGCACUUACAAGGAGUAUGUGCAGAUCAAACGGAAAUCCGGCGGUGGGACCAGACGGUUUUCCGGGGAGAACACCACCGGCGGCGGUGGUCGCCACUUUAACCACCAGCAGCACCACAACCCGAUGUCUGCGCAGCCGCCCGUCCAGUCGAAUGUCGUCCCAACCUGUAGCCGUUCCAACUGCGUGUACGUGCAUGGGCUGCCCACGUCCGUGACCAACACGGAUAUCACGCAGUUCUUCGCCGACACGUCCGUGCUGCCCGACAAGAUACACAUCAUGUUGAGCAAGUUUGGCCGGCCCACCGGCGAGUCGUACUGCGAGUUCAGCAGCGUGCAGCAGGCGCACACGGCCUUGAUCAAGGACCAGUGUUACAUGGGCCCCAACCUGGUGCACGUGUCGCCCAUCAACCGAUCGGACAUGAUCCAAGCCAUUACCAAGCCGAUGCAACAGCACAACAACCACCACCAGGACAUGUCCUGGGGACCGGGUGGCGGUGGAGGCAAUCGCGGCGGUGGACCCAGGCAGCACAACAUGAUGUCCGGACCCAGACAGCAACACCAAGGACCUCAGUCCUCGUACGGCGGCAGUGGUGGCCACAAUGGUGGGUACGGCGGUGGUCGGCCGCAACCGUACAUGAACAACGCGCGCGGCGGGGGUUACACUCCCCGGAUACGCGGGCCCGGACCGAACACCGGGCCGGACGGGUUCGGACAGCCCGGCUGCGUCGUGGCCCUAGACAACGUGCCCUACUGCGCUGACGUGCAGGAGAUAGUAGACUUCUUCUCGGGCUUCGAGCUCAACAGCCAGAACGUCAUCAGGCGGUUCAACGACUUCGGCAAACCCACCGGCGAGGCACGUGUGAACCUCAGGAACCCGCAGGAAGCCAUGCGAGCCGUUCGCGUGCUCCAGAACAAGCCCAUUUUUAACAGGCCGGUGCGUCUCACUCUCUUGUGAGACCCUUGCAGUUAGAUUAUUAUUUCACGCAUCGCCUAUUACUUUGUAAAUAGAUUUUUCAUUAUUCAAGAUUUAACUUGGUUUUUUUAUACUUAUGUAUUAUAUUGAAUAAACGUGUGAUGAAAAAUAUUCUUACUUGUUACUGCUGCUGAUACUGUAUAUGCUUCGCCUGCAGCGAAUUUCCCUGUCCAUUAUAUUUGUUAGUCCAUAUACAAUUUUUUUCCCAUUCGUUUCGAUUGUUUUCCGAAUUUUUUUCCGAUUGAUUUCCAUUUUCAUAUGUAAAUCUUAUAUAAAAUUUAUAAUUUGCUAUCAAUAAAUAUAAUAUAUUGUUAUAUAUAUUAUUCAUUUCAACGCGUAACUUCCAAGAGGACAAAUGUAAUGAUUGU